AUGGUCCAUCGGGUUCUGUUGCUGACGGCCUUGCUGGCGGGAGUUCUCGGCGGAAGUGAGGUGGCUCAGAGCGUCGAUGUGACUGUCCAUGUACAAGGUAGCGUGUCAAUUUAUCAGGCGCUCCAGAAACCGUCCAGGGAGGGCUCCCUGGUGGCACCUGCUGCUGCUUCUUAUCGACCCGGUGAAGCCAUCUACGCCCUGACCGAUCGCGAGCCCAAUAAGUCCGCGUCGGCUUUCGUCCGGGUCAACUUCGGUGACAAGGCCGCUAUGUUGUCGGACGGUGAUAUUGUUCAAACAAGACUUACCUUACGGCUGCCUUCAGGGAAGGCCUCGGAGCUAAACCAGCUGGGUCGGGAUUCGGAUAACAAGAGCUCGCAGUAUCGUCGAAUACUGGAUGAGGUGCAUGAACAAGCCCGAAACAUGAUGCUAGAGUUCCACAAGACCCGGCGUUCACUACGGGAGGUGCAGAGCCUUUUUGGGCUGCUCAACCACAUCGAGAUUCCCUCGCUGGUAGAAAUUCCUUUCGCAGAAGAUGUCAUCGUUAUUGAAAAGAGCAGUGAGAAAAAGGCAACGGGAAAGGCGCAAGCUACGUGGGAGCUCGUCCUGCAACAUAUUCCCCAGCAUUACCGCGGAUAAGGUUCAGCACUGGUGGUUUGACAGUGCUGAAGUCAGCCAGGGAGGAACCUUGCAGCACUAUGUGGAGACUUGCUCAUACGAUCAGCUCACCUUCAAGCCAGAGAACAGCUUGGUAUUCGAUGUGGACGUCCCCUGCUUUGGGGCCACCGCAAAUGGUCCAUUUGAUUUCAGGAGUGGAUACGGCAAUAACAGGGAUGGGGACAAUGAGCUGUUUGCUUUGCCUGCCCUGGCCAAGGCAUUCUUGCAGUUCCACCAUCCCGACGUAUUUGCCAAGUGGGCGGAUUAUCACCACCAAAUCUUCAUCUUCCCGUUCAACUUCGAGGAAGAGUGGUUCCCUCACUACGGCCUGGUGCAACACGGAGCCUUUGGCAAAGGGCAGGGACCGCCGAAGGAACCAUGGUUCGGAACUGGCGGCUGCCACUUCAUGGACGGCUUCUCCGAGGGUGUCCACUAUUGUAGCCAGAGGUCCGGUGCAGUGGCUCAGGGUUUGGCGAAUAAUGUCAACAUUACUGUCGUUGUCGAAGGCACCGUUCUGGUGUACGUCUCCCAUCGAAAUCCAAGCAAGUCCAGCAGUACAAAGCCGCUGGACCCACCAGACAUUAUUUACAUGCUGGCGGAUGAACAGCAACCCGGCAAAGGCCCAUCUAACUCAAUUCGCGUGGAUUUUGGCCAGAAAUCACCGCUGCUGAAGACAGGUCACGUCGUGCAAGCCCCUAUUUCUAUACAAGUAACGUCCGAGAAAGCGGCAGCGCUCGGUCUACUGGGUAAGACGUUUUCCGCUCAGCAUCCCAUGCAUGUUGUCCUCGCUUUGCUCCCCUCCGACUUCUGGCUUGCCCUUUUUCCUGCCUUGUUCAACGCCGCUGCCAUGGCCGUCGUUAACUAUCGCCAUUCAGACCCAGAAGGGGGACCUCGCCGCCGAUUGCUGGACGACGAACAUGAACGGGCUCGGAGGAUGGUGCUGGACUUUCAGAACACCAGGCGAUCGCUUCAAGAGUUCGGGAGUCUGCUGACACUUUUAAACACCCUGGGCAUCACAUCACUGGAGGGAACGCUAACGUCGGGUGAUCCAAUCGUCAUCAGCAAGACGGUCGAUAAGGAUCUGUUCAUCACCAACGGGGGACAACAGCACAUUAACUCCCUCACGUUUGUAUUCAAAAGUUCUUCGUGCGGCGUCAACCCGGCUCUCAAUGCUGCAAGGAUACGGUCCUGGUGGUUUGACAACGGCAACAAUGCCCCCAUAGUUGGUACCUUGCAGCGGUACUACAACUCCAGACCAAAGACUUUCUCACUGCAGAACUGA